AUCAACAUCAGCCAGUGGAAGCCAGUCUCGCAUGGUGGAGCUGCUGCUCCUACACUGCUAAGCAGGUAGUGACUAAUCUCUUCUCUUUAGCUAUAUAAUUACUGCUAUAUAGAUUCUGGGUUAUUUUUAUUCCUUCUUAAAAACGAAAAAAGUAAAAUCCUUUCAUGGAGUCUCGCACUCAGUCUGAUUCCAUUGAGGAUAUGUUCGAAUCCACGCUAAAUCUAGAGCAGACCCACUUCAAAGAAGGCUACGACGAAGGCUACAAUUACGGACUAGUCGCUGGAAAAGAAGAGGCUAGGCAAGUUGGUCUCAAGACGGGCUUCGAGUUUGGCGAGGAACUCGGUUUCUACCGGGGCUGCGUAGACAUCUGGUAUUCGGCCAUUCAAAUCAACCCGAGUGGAUUCUCUGCUCGAGUGCAGAAGUAUAUUAAGCAAAUGGAAGAGUUGAUUGAGAAAUUCCCAAUGUUUAAUCCGGAAGAUGAAAGGGUGCAGGAAAUUAUGGAUAGUUUGAGAUUGAAGUUUCGGCUUAUAAGAGCGGGUCUGGGUGUGAAAUUGGAAAAGAGGACAAGGACUAGCAACAUGUUGAAGUGGGCUCUUGCUUGCUGCAAGUUGUACAUAUCUGAAAGCCGAAACAAGGCUGCAUUGGAGUCAAUUGAAAGAGCUGCAAAGCUAUUUCCUCAAGCGCCAAUUGUUAACAAGUUUGAGGAUGCAACCUAUAAUAGAGUUGGAUAUACUCUUGUCUCACAUUUGGAUCCAAAACAGUCUCUAGAUUCAUGUCCUUUGAAGAGUGCUGUGCUUACCAUGGUUAAAGCUGCUUUUGAAGCCAUUGAUCUUGAGUUACAUUGUGGAAGUCAUCCUCGGCUUGGUGUUGUCGACCACAUUUGCUUUCAUCCUUUAACACAUUCAUCUUUGGACCAUGCAGCAGAUAUAGCAAAGUCCUUGGCAGUAGAUGUUAGCUCUAGUCUUCAAGUCCCUACCUUCUUAUAUGGAGCUGCCAAUGAACAAGGAAGGACACUCGAUUUAAUCAGAAGAGAACUGGGUUAUUUCAAGCCAAAUUCUGGAAACCAAUGGAUAGGAGGACCAAAAUCAGAGUACUUGUCAGUGAAGCCAGAUGAAGGUCCUGCUCAAGUGACUCGAGAAAAAGGCGUUGUUGUAAUUGGAGCAACCCAGUGGGUUGACAACUACAAUGUCCCUGUCUUCUCUACUGACAUUGCUGCUGUUCGCAGAAUUGCAAAACGAGUUAGUGGGAGAGGUGGUGGACUUACUUCAGUACAAACCAUGGCUCUCACACAUGGUGAUGACGUAAUUGAGGUAGCUUGUAACUUGUUGGAACCAAGUAAAGUGGGAGGAGAAAGAGUUCAGCAAGAAGUUGAGAGGCUUGCAGAGGAAGAGGGUGUAGCUGUAGGGAAAGGAUAUUUUACUGACUUUUCACAAGAAAAAAUCAUUCAAAGCUACUUGAAGUCGGAUCCCCUGUUGUAACUACGAGAUGAAAUAUUGUACUUGAGAAGGCAAUUUGCUUUCUGUGAAAAUUUAUUCAAGGAAUGAAAUAAUAAAAGAUGCUUUAUCCCUGGAAUUUUUGUUCAAGCAAAUAUCAUGAUUGUUUAUUGAAA